UUGUUUAUUCACUGUAAAUGUGUUUUACCGUACUUAUAUAAAUAUUCAACAAUUUGUGAAAUAAAUACUCAUAAUUUUCUUGAAAAUAUUUAUUAAUUUUUCCGUCCAAUUAUACAAAAAAAAAUAAUUAUUAUUUUUGUGUUGCUUUUUGCCUAACCGGCCAGUUUACAUAUUUAUCGUUGUUGUGAAUUUCGGCGUCCAUCAAUUCUUACACGUUUAAUGCAUCCCACAAUCCAAACAUGAGUUUCUCCAGCGACGAGGUCAACUUCCUGGUCUACCGCUAUUUACAGGAAUCCGGAUUCCAACAUUCUGCGUACACAUUCGGUAUUGAAUCCCACAUUUCCCAGUCAAACAUAAAUGGAGCCCUCGUCCCACCGGCCGCGCUCCUCAGCAUCUUACAGAAAGGCCUGCAGUACACCGAGGCCGAAAUUAGCAUUGGCGAAGAUGGUACUGAACAAAGAUUGGUGGAGAGUUUGAGCCUUAUUGAUGCUGUUAUGCCUGAUGUUGUUGCAAGUAGGCAGAACCAACAAAAUCAGCAGAAGCAAGCCAUCAAAGCUGAAAUCACUGACACCAAUGGAGAAGAAGCUGCAGUCGUUUCGACGCAGAACGAAAACAUGGAAGUGGACCAAUCAAUAGAAAUACCAUCGUCCAAGGCGACCGUUUUGAGGGGUCACGAAUCGGAGGUGUUCAUCUGCGCAUGGAACCCUAUAACUGAUCUAUUGGCCAGCGGUUCCGGUGACAGUACGGCUCGUAUUUGGGACAUGUGCGAGAACAACACCAACACCCCCAACCAGAUACAACUUGUACUGAGGCAUUGCAUCCAGAAAGGUGGCACUGAAGUACCCAGUAAUAAGGACGUCACUUCUUUAGACUGGAAUUGUGACGGCAGUCUUUUGGCGACGGGAAGUUACGAUGGUUACGCAAGAAUUUGGACACACGAAGGUCGACUUGCCAGCACUUUGGGUCAACACAAGGGACCCAUUUUUGCUUUAAAAUGGAACAAACGAGGCAACUACAUCCUUUCUGCUGGCGUCGAUAAAACGACGAUUAUUUGGGACGCAGCGAGUGGCCAAUGCACACAACAGUUCAGUUUUCAUUCUGCUCCAGCUUUGGAUGUUGAUUGGCAGAGCAACACAUCUUUUGCCAGUUGUUCAACGGAUCAAUGCAUUCACGUGUGCAAACUGUCCAUGGAUAAGCCCAUAAAGUCUUUCCAAGGACACACGAACGAAGUCAACGCAAUCAAAUGGGACCCACAAGGCAAUCUUUUGGCGUCGUGUUCGGACGACAUGACGCUGAAGAUCUGGUCGAUGAAACACGACACUUGCGUACACGAUUUGCAGGCUCACUCGAAGGAGAUCUACACGAUAAAGUGGUCGCCGACAGGUCCCGGUACCGCCAAUCCGAACAUGAACCUGAUCCUCGCAUCCGCCAGCUUCGAUUCGACCGUACGCCUUUGGGACGUGGACAGGGGCGCCUGUAUCCACACUCUGACCAAACACACCGAGCCGGUCUAUUCGGUGGCGUUCAGUCCGGACGGCAAGUUUUUGGCUAGUGGUAGCUUCGAUAAAUGCGUUCACAUAUGGUCGACGCAGAGCGGCCAGCUGGUGCACAGUUACAAAGGUACGGGCGGUAUAUUUGAGGUGUGCUGGAACUCGAGGGGUGACAAGGUCGGCGCCAGCGCUUCGGACGGCAGUGUUUUCGUGCUCGAUCUCCGCAAACUUUAGUUCCAUUAAGACGAUGUUUUUUUUUUACUUGAAUUUUAUAUAUGUAAUUGUGACGACGUAUUAUUUUAACUUUAUUUCCAAGCUAUAUUAUAAUUAUAUCUUAUAUUUAUUA